UUGCGGUGGCGCGCGUGGUUGCGGUGGCGCGCGUGGUUGCGGUGGCUCGCGUGGUUGCGGUACCGUUUCUUGAAGCUCGUGCGUUAUGCUCAGCUGCAUGGGUCAGCCGUGGAGAAAAGCAUCUCAAGAGAUCUGCACCCCCCACCUCCGAGUUUAAUGAAAACACAGAGAGAGCGAGCAUUCCAGAUGUCGAGAAUGUGUUUUAAAUAACAAUAACACAUUUUUUUAAAAGAAAAAUAUAUAAAACAAUAAAAGCCAAAUAGGGCGAUUGACCAUAGAACGUUCACGUUUUUGUGUUUUUUUGCAAUUGAUUUUUGUGCUGUUGACUUUUACAAAUUGUAUUUGUACGUCAGUGCCAAGUCACAUAAAACAUUUGAAAGGUUUUUCUUUCGUUUGACCUUUACUGCUUCACGUGACGAAGAGGAAAUUAUACAAAAGGUAUUUUUAUGCAAGUGGCCACACGUUGCGAAAAAGGCCUUUAGCUCAAUGGGAUAUUACCUAGUUCUAAAUUAAGAUCAUUGAUUUGCAUAACCUGUGAGAUAGAGAGGAAUGUGGACAGAGCAAACAGAGCCAAAUACACAGUGGAGAGCGAGAGAGAUUAUGUGGAAAUGAGAGGCAGAGAAACGGCACCAGCAGGACAGUGAGAUCGCCAGAAACAGUGGGGAAAAGUGAGCAAGGCAGAGUGACAGAAUCAGAGACAGUGACAGAGCAAGAGAGAGGGCGAUAUGGAGAGGGGGGAGGGUUGGAGAAAGGCGCAGAGACGCGGAGAGGAGGGAUAUGGUGGGCAACACGAGACACUUGGCCCCGUUGUCUGGACCCGAAGAGAGAGGAAGUGUCGACGCCGUUAUUGCCGUGUGCUGACGGCCUCGGCCCUUGCUUUGCACGUGGCAGCCUCCUCCUCCGCCCCCUCCUUCCUGUGAGGAUGCGGGGCUGCGUGUCGUGUUUCUGCCCUGGUAGGGAAGUGGGGGGUGCAGGGGGAGAGCGGUAGAGUUGGGGGGGACCGACCAGCUGUGUUUUCUUCCGCGCCGAGAUUCGUGGCACCCGCAACGUUUUCUUGGCUCGCUUAGUUUCCGAAUCUUAAAGUUUGCCCAGCCUAGGAGGCAGAGUCGUUUAUCGCCAUCCCAUUUCAUUUCUCUACACCGACGUUUUGCCGGGGCGGCGGGUAGCAUAAUUUUGUCGUCUCGGCCUGGAGUGCCGACCAGCCAGAGAGGCGAUCCGGGCCCCCGCGAGGUCGUGGUGAGUGGAGAAUUGGGAGCAGCGUCGGUGAGUGGGACAGAUCGCACGGCUGUGCCCGGUGCAGCGUUUCCAUCGAACCGUGACGUAGCGAUCGCUCGCUUGCUCAUGGACGACCCCGAUAUCAGCGCCCCGGCCUCCACCGGCGCAGCUCAGGGCCUCAUGAGGGCACGCGUCCCCGGGCAGCGCGGAGCGGCCGACGGGGCGAGGGGACCGGCGCGAAGCCCCCCGCUGCGGCGCUGUGCCGGCGGUGGUGACCGGGCAUCGGGGUCGCCCUCCCCCCACCGCUCGUCCCCCAACCGCUCGUCCCCAGACUCGGCCGACGACAGCGACGACUGCAAGCCCGUGCGGCCGUGCAACCCUGUGAGGGUGAAUGACGGCGACGAUGAUGACGACGAUGAGGAUGAUGGGGACGACGAGGGGGGCGAUGACGAUGAGAGGGGCGGGGUCGGCGACGGCCAUGGUGGCGGUGGCGAUCGCCCGGCGGCGGGGGCAAGGGCUGCACCGGCUCCGGGCAGGGCGGGCGGGAACGAGGAUGCUGGCGAGAGCUUCACGUCGGGAAUCUCACGACUGCGGAGCCCGUCCGUCAUGGAGGUGAAGGAGAAGGGCUACGAGAGGCUCAAGGAGGAGCUCGCGAAGGCACAGGAGGACCUGAAGCUGAAGGACGAGGAGUGCGAGCGCCUGUCCAAGGUGCGCGAUCAGCUGGGCCAGGAGCUGGAGGAGCUCACAGCCAGCCUCUUUGAGGAAGCACACAAGAUGGUGCGGGAAGCAAACGUGAAGCAGGCAACAGCGGAGAAGCAGCUGAACGAGGCGCAGGGCAAAAUCGACGUGCUUCAGGCCGAAGUGACGGCGCUCAAGACGCUGGUCAUCACCUCCACGCCCAGCUCUCCCAACAAGGAGCUGCACCCUCAGCUGCAGCCGUCCGGCAAGGCGGCGCCCUUCAAGAAGGGACACAUCCGAAACAAGAGCACGAGCAGCGCCAUACUGGCACCCAACAGCUUCGCCGAGGCCCCCGACGUGCUCUACGCCUUCGCUCGCGAGUGCAGAGAGGUGGAUAUGCUGGCAUUUGCGGAGUUCAAGGCAUGGAAGGACGCGCCGACGCUGGAGCACACGUGCCCCUUCCUGGAGAGGAUCUACCGCGAGGAUAUCACGCCCUGCCUCUGCUUCCCCAAGGGCGAGCUGGGCCAGGCCAUCCAGCUGGCGGUGGAGAACAACACUUUGAGCAUGGAGCCGGUUGGGGUGCAGUCGCUGCCCGUGGUCAAGGCAUCAGCGAUCGAGUGCGGAGGCCCCAACGGUUGGCGGGCUCAAAUAGUUACGAAGUGCGCGUUGAGCGGGCAGUCGCGGUCCUGCCGUCACCGCGUGAAGCUGGGAGAGGCGAGCAGCCACUACUACUACGUGUCGCCAUCGUGCCGCGCGCGGAUAACGGCCGUCUGCAAUUUUUUCACCUACAUCCGCUACAUCCAGCAGGGGCUUGUCAAGCAGGAUGCCGAGCAGAUGUUCUGGGAGGUGAUGAAGCUGCGCAGGGAGAUGUCGGUGGCCAAGCUAGGCUUCUUCAAGGACGAGCUGUGACAGCCACGAGGACUCCCUCCACCUCCUCCGCUCACCUUCCACACCCCUUCAGCCAGGCCCCAGGGAACAACCCCUUCUCCCUGCUAGCCAUCCAGGGAAGCGAGGCUUACCAAAGGAGUAGCGCUCCAAUGGGCGAUUGCCGGUACUUAACGUGAAUAUAACAGCAUUAAAAUGUACGAUUGGCCAUUUAAAGGUUUUGUUUUUGAGAGGCGUGUAGAGUGAAAAUGAAUAUAUUUGAAAUGUAUUUCCAGUGAAGCAGGAUGUUUGGUGGGUGUGGAGGGGUUUUGAUUGGUGGAAAACUGACCAAAGUGUUGAUUUUAUUUCUAGCAGAUUGAAACAACAUAAAAACAUAACUAUUUAAAAUACUCGUGUUCUGGGCUGUCCAACAUGACUUUAAAGGUGCUUUUGGGAACGCUGUCAUGGAAACAUCUUAUGAGCAGGUGAUGCUGAAGCUACAUCAUUGAAGCACUUGUAAAAGUCACUUAAGUUUUUUUUGCACGAAUGAAGAUUGAAACUCAUGUUGGAACAGCCCAAUAAGCACACCUUGGCUGCACAGCUACCACUAAGAGAAAUUGUGGUCAGGUGCUUCAUUAUAGCUCUCUACAGUGACAUCCAACCUGACACACUUAACACGCUCAGAAGUGAUUAUCACUAGAGCACCAUGUUGCACCUGACCAUGAUUUAAGAUUCUUAUUUGAUUCAUCACAACCGAAAACUCAAAUCUGCAGUGAACCCAGGAGAAAGCCUUGGUGUGCAGCUCACCAACCCUCUGUGCUUGGGGCUGUCUUGUGUGAAGAUGCCCAGAUUAUUGGUACAUAUUUUUUUCAUGAAGAGCUGCUGUGUUGAUAGCCACCCCCUCCCCCCACAUACAGACCCAUGGAGUCCUCAAGUGUGAGUGGUCAUUCAUUCACAUGAAAGAAGUUUGCGAAGGGUGCAAUCGUUUUUUAUAAUUGUUUUCUUUGGAAAUUAUAUUUGAUAGUGGUCAGCCAAGUAGAAAGCUGGAACGAGGCUCGUACAAUCUUGAUGAAAGCGUGUUAUAUAUGAACGUGACAGGACAACCGUGUCCUUUGUACAGUAUAUAAAGGCCAAUGGCAAAACGUAAAUACUUUAUACGAUCAGCUCUGGAACGCUUAAUACAAUGAUGCACUUUAUUGCGGAGUGCAGUCAUUAACAAAAGAUAAACCUCUACACCUGGUGACACGCACAAGUGAGAGUUUCACUUCGGUGUCUCGGUUUACAACUACGUCCUACCAAGAUCAUAUAUACGGUAUAUAUUUUUUAAGCAUCGCCACUUUCUCUAUGCAAAAAAAUUAUUAAACUUCAAUAACGGCUUGGCAGAUGCACCUUCGUUAUUUUCACCACUGCGGGGGAAAUGUUAAAACGCUUUCAAGGACCACAAUUCACGCGUCGGCGAAUAUCUCGUUUUGUCUGUUUUUUUGCGAAGAUGCCCAAAGUCUCCAUCGUCAACAAUGGAACCAAGUGCCAUGGCGAAGGGUUUUGGUCACUUUGUUAAGACGUCAAUCUGGCCCUUAAUGAGCUGUUUAAAAACAUGGUCAGCCACUGUGGGGGACGGGCAUGGAGAGGUGAUUGUACGACGUUUAACGCAGGUGCCACAGCCGAUCCCUUUGUGAGCAGUGGCCUGCAGGAGUGGUGCCUUCUCUGGCAACCUCAAGGCCAAUUCCCACCCCUGAUUUGACUCCUAUGUAUUUACUGUAAAAUAACAAAAAUAAACAGCGUGUUGUAUGUUCAA